CCGGCAAUGAAAGCAGGGCUGGGUGUUCACGUAUGAGUUCUAAUUGAGCACAAAACCCCUUUGAAUCAGGCGCGCCCUGCUUAUCCACACCUUGCUCGCUCACCAGUGUGCCGGGAGCAGGUGGACUUUACUCCGCUUUUAUGGCGUUUUGGGUCUUCCUGCGUGUUUUCAUUGUUGCUGGGAGAGUGAUCGAGUGAUGUGUUGAAAUGUACACACAAGGAAAGGAAGCGCCGAAUUAAUUCGUUACAGGGAGAAAGAACAGAACACUACAAUAAGAUCAUUGAAGCUCACCUUGAAGGAUGUAUCGAGACCAGUACCACUCAGACGACACUGGAGGAUACUCCCACUCCAAUGGGUACAGUCCAGAUGGUCCGGUAGCACAGAGGUCCGGCAGUAUCUCUCGACCCAGCGCCAAGACCAUAUACCAACAGAGGAAGGAGUAUGCAGAGUCCAUGUUGAAACAGCCAGACAAUUUUGAAUACAGAGUGGAGCACCUGUUCACCUGCGGGCUUGACCAGAAGGAGGUGCGGAGCGUGGACGACUGUAUCGCGAGGCUCAAGCUGCUGGACGACAAGGGCCGGGUGUGGGGUCAGGACAUGAUCCUGCAGGUCAAGGACGGCAGCCUGCAGCUGACCGACAUUGAGACCAAGGAGGAGCUGGAGUCCUUCUCUCUGGACAGUGUGCAGGAGUGCACAGCCGUGCUGCAGAGCUGCGUCUACAACUCCAUCCUGACGGUGACGGUGCGAGAGCGCAGCAGGAGGGGCUGCAGCGUCUUCCUGUUCCAGUGCGAGGAGGUCGGGGCUGAGCACAUUCAGAGCGACAUGGAGAAGCUGCUCCAGGAGAAGAGAGACGGCCGAGGAGACCAGGACAACAUCAGGAACGAUCUUGAGAGCAUGUUAGCCCAGCCAGCACCAGGGAGGUUCCAGGGAAAACCCCUGCCUCCCCCGCAGCAUGAGAACAGAUGGUCCGGUCCGGAUCAGUCCAUCCCUUCCUGGGACGGCCCGGAUUAUGAUGAGUUCCCUAACUUUGACCAACACCCCCCCAGGGACGAAGAGAGGAAGCGAGAGGAGCCUGAAAUCGACAUGGUCAAAUCCCAGAGGAAUACGGAGAUCCUCAAUCACGUGCUGAGUGAUGUGGAGCUCUUCACCCAGCAGCUGAACGAAGGCGUGGCGGCUCAGAGCACCGGCAAGAAGGACAAGAAGAGCAAGAAGAAAAGCAAGAACGAGAAAGGCGCUGCUGGGUUACCGUCACUCCAAGAGUUUGCCUCCUGUCUCCAGAAAAUGAAAUAUGGAUUCAAUCUGCUGGGUAAGCUGGACGGUCGAAUCCAAAACCCGAGUGCAAGCGAUCUGGUCCACGUGCUCUUCCCAGCACUCAGCUUUAUCAUGUCACACUGCCCCGAGCCCGACCUCCCCGCCUCCAUCCUCAGCCCCCUGCUGAUCCAGCCAGCCCUCGAGCUGCUGAAGAACAACGUCACUCCCGAUGAGCACCGCCUCUGGAAGUCCUUGGGGGAAGCUUGGAACCUGCCCAGAUCACUCUGGCCGGACACAGACUCGAUCCCGCCCUACGUUCCAGAGUUUUCCGAUGGGUGGGAACCCCCUGUUCCAGAACUGACACGGAACCUGGAACGGGAUCACAGAGAACGUCAGAGCCAGAGAAGCAGCAGGACCGUCCCUGAGCAGCAACCAAAUUCUGACCCGAGGAGCUUCCCACCUAUCCGCGCCAACGAGCAGCCUCACUUCAUGCGGGUGAUGUACGACUUCAUGGCCAGAAACAGCCAGGAGCUGAGCAUCAUGAAGGGGGAAAUACUGCUGGUGCUGGAUAAGAGCAGGAAGUGGUUUAGGGCGCGCAACAUCAGAGAAGAGGAAGGCUUUGUUCCCAACAACGUGCUGGAGCCUGUGGAGGAGGAGGAGGAGGAGCACAACGUCUACCAGGACCUGCCCCCGACUCUGAACAGGAAAUCCAGGCCUGAGGAAGUGAAAGCGUGGCUUCAGUACAAGGGCUUCUCCAAAAUUACGGUGCGUUGCCUGGGGGUGCUCAGCGGCUCCUUGCUCCUGGGGAUGACCCGCGACGAGAUCAAGACCGUCUGUCCAGAAGAGGGCGGUAGAGUGUUCUUCCAGCUGCAGGCAGUCAAGUCCUCCCUCGCGCUCGCCAGUGAAAACUACGGUCAUUAAAAGCAGAGCUGGCAGCCAGACCCCCACCCGAAGAAAACCAAGUGCUGAGUGACAGCCCCGCCCACACUGAAAGAAAUGGAACUCGGAACGCACAGAAUCAGAACACCCAGGAAUGGAACCAGGAACGCACAGAAUCAGAACACCCAGGAACUCCAAGGAAGACAAUAGAAGCAUGCCCAGUUCCAUUGCAAAAGAAAUCAAAAUCUACAGAGAAAAAAAAAAAAGUGCAACUCUCUCCUAGAAUUCUUUAAUUGUCUACAGUGUGAUUCAUAGUUAAAGUUAGCAAGAUUAAUACCCACUGGGUGAAGUGUAGUGCUUAGGAAUAUUUGAGAAGAUCAGUCUCAUACGGUCUAUAUUCAAGGCCUUCUUUAGUGGUUUUUACAUAUUUAAAAAAAAAAAACCCUUCUUUUUACUUGGUCUUGGACUUUAACCUUGGUAGUGUGAGAGAAGGCUGUCUAUUUAUCUUAGAAAAUGCUAUUUGCACAUAUUCACAAUGUUUAUCCACAUUAACAGCCUUGCAUGUGUUCUGUAAUUUCAAUGUAUACAGCAGCAUCAACAAAAUAAAUCUAGACUAUAAAUAUGUAGGAAGAUGAACAUUUUAGUAAGAAUCUAUUUCCUUUUGUUCAUGUAAAUAAGCAUGGCCUAAUGCCUGUUAAAUCUGUUGAACGUGCACAUCUGUAUAUUAAUAAAUUCAAUAAAAAGGAGGAAAGUCGUUUCA